AUGGCUCGACGAGCACUUCAUUACGUUCUCAAAAUUGGAAAUAGAGCGAAAAACAUUGAGUUUUUUCGCGAUUUGCUUGGAAUGAAGGUCCUUCGUCAUGAAGAGUUUCAUACCAUGUGCGAAGCACAGUGCAAUGGCCCCUACGAUGGCAAGUGGUCAAAAACAAUGAUCGGUUAUGGACCUGAAAGUGACAACUUUGUUCUUGAACUCACCUACAACUACGGCGUUUCCAAUUACAAACUCGGCAAUGAUUUGGUUUCCAUAAGAAUAGAGUCAAAAUCUGCCUACGAACAAAUUUUAAAAAACGACAAGGGUUUUCUGUUUAUGCACAAAAAUCCGGAAAGCAUCGUUUUGACCAAUCCUGACGGGUACAUGUUUGAGGUGUACAACCCUGAGCACGAUCAAUCGCUCAUCUCCAAAGUGUCCCUUUUAAGCUCGAAUCUAGAAGUCUCUAAAAAUUACUGGCACAACUUUCUCGGAAUGAACCUAGAUGAGGAAGCUUCGGAUCACUUUACCGUGUCAUUCGGCGACAAGGACGCCAAACUGGAGAUUGUCGACUCACGCCAAACACCUGUUAGACACGAGAAAGCGUAUGGCCGCAUCGCUUUCGCUUGCCCUGAAUCUGAUUUAGCUCCUCUUCAGCAUUCAAUGAUUGAAAAAGAACAAACAAUCUUGACAAAAUUGGUCAGUCUGGAUACGCCUGGCAAAGCCACAGUUCAAGUAGUGAUACUGGCUGAUCCUGAUAAGCACGAAAUCUGUUUUGUUGGCUCCAAAGGCUUUGAUGAUCUUUCAAAAGUUGAUCCAAAUGCAAACCAACUCAUCGAAGAUGAAAUGGCCAAAGACAAGAGUGAUGAAUGGUUCAAGAAGAAAGGAAUUGAAAAGGAGAAACAGGAAUAG